GUGAAAGUAAGUAGAUGGAAGUACGUGAAGGUUUCUCGUCAAACGUUAACAUUAGUGAAGGAUAAGAACUUUCUUCUGCUACAAAAAACCUGCGGCACAAUCUGAUGGGAAGUAGAACAACAACAAACACAACUGAUGAUCUGUGGAUCUGUGUGCAGAAAUAAGGACUCAUGGCUUGUACAGGACAGUCCGCCUCCCAGUAUGUAGAGAGCGUCAGGCGUCACCUGGUAAGAGGGUUAAAAAGCCUUUCAGUAAUUCUAGAGAACUUGUUUCAGCAAGAAGUUCUGUGUGAAGAAGAGGUGAGCAAAAUCCAAGCCGAGAAGGAUGACUUUGAUAAAAGAAGACGAAUAGUGGAUAAAGUUCUAAAAAAGGGGGAAGGUGCAUGCUAUGAGUUUCUCAGGAUCAUUGACAAGACGAGGAAGAGGACCUUAGAGAGACCAUAUCCAGACACCAAUGGGUUUGACCUUCACUAUUGGAUCAGCUGCUACCCUUUCAGGGAAGAAACAAAAAUGGACAAAAAGUAUCAACAAGGCCCAGAGCAGUGUCACAAUUUUCAGAACAGGUUGAAGUCAAAAGCACAAAAAUUAUAUCAAAAGUUUUGGAUGUCGAAGAAGAAUCUGUGCAGACCUAAUCUGUCUUACUCCCCACUUGUGUUAGACACACAAGGAAUCCCUUGUCCUUCUAAGAUAAAGAAGUUGAAGACCAAAAAAAGCAAAAUGAGCCGCCCUAAAAAGCUACGGACUUACGUCCCUGAGGAAACAGUACGUAUUUCCCCCAGCGACCUGAUGAAAACAAAUAAACCCGUACUUUUGGUUGGAAAGCCUGGAAUUGGAAAGACAGCAGUGGUUCUUGAAAUGUUGAGACUGUGGACAGAAAGAGAUGACGCAGACUUAGAUUACAUGAUUUACUUUGACAUGAGGGAAGAUUCACACUUCAAGACGGCCAUGAAAUUACAGGAUCUGCUUUUCAGUGAGUUCAGUCAAUCAGAUGAAGACAGAGACGAGGUCUUACGAGACAUAAUGAAGAACUCUGAGAACGUCACAAUGAUCUUUGAUGAAGUCACAGAUCUCCACUCUUCUUCAGUGGUGCAGAAGCUUGUAGAGAAGGACCUGCUACCUGAUGCAAAGAUCAUCGUCACAUGCAGACCAGACAAUGAAGGGGACAUCGUAGAUGACCUUCCAGAGGAUUUUUUUUUCCGAGUGGAAGUGAAAGGCUUCAGUGAACAGACCAUAAGAACGUACUUGUCUGAAAACCUCGGUGAAGAACACAAACAGGUUCUGAACAACUUGGAGUUGUUUACUCUUUGCCAUGUCCCGAUGUAUGCUCUAAUGGUGGCUGUGUGUUUUUCAUCAGAGACACAGCCGUGCACUAUAACUGACCUCUACAUCAAUAUUGUUCGGUUUUGCCUCCAGAAGAACAGUAAAACAACAAAACGGCUUUUAAACUCUUUCAUCAAGAAAGAAGGAGAGAAAAUUCUGGCUCUGGCUGAAGCAGCUUUUGAUGCAACUGAAAGAAAAUCUGUGAUCCUGACAGGACUGGGCAGUGAAGACACAUGUGUUUGUCCAUUUCUGAAAACACUAGAUGUCGAAGUGGCUCCUACUGACACAGAAACCACAUCUAUUUUCCUUCAUUACACCAUGCAGGAGUUUUUUGCAGCACUGUGGCUCCUGAAGAAUCCAGGUAAAAUAAAGGAUGUUCUUCAGCAGUGUUUCGCUGAAGAGAAGAAACACAUGAAACAUCUGAUCCCCUUCAUGUGUCGAUUGUUGAGUGAGAAAGCCCCUCGUUUGAUGGAGUAUCUGAUUCCAGCUGAUGAGCUCAAAAAGACAUCCAAGCUCUUCUUUGAGGAACUGAACACCACAUUGAUCCCUCAUGAGUUGAACCAACAGUCUGAGACUGAGGACAGUGCUGUUGAUGUGGACAUGGUGUUUCUUUGCCAGUGCUUGUAUGAGUCCCAGUCUCCUGAAACAUGUCUCUUGUUUCUGGACAAACUGGACUUCUGUCUUGAUCUCAGUGGACAUUGUCUCGAUCCUUUUUCUUGCUGUGCCGUGUCUUAUGUGGUCACUCAGUCCAAGGAGAAGAAAGUAAAGCUGAACCUUGAGGAUGUGACGAUAUCAGAAGAAGGAGUGAGACGAUUACAUGGAUGCCUUAAAAAUGUCCACUGGUGUUCACCUUUGCCGUGUCAACUGUGGAAGAGUCUUCUUUUCUGUGUGGAGCAGACGGACCACAACAGCUCAAGGGGCCUUAAUGGGAACCAGUUGCACCUCCCAGUUAAUAAUAAAAGUGUGGCAGAUUGUGACACACUGGUGACAGUGUUAUGGAGGGAUGCAAAUGACUGUUUCUACUGGGACAAGACAACUCCUGCCAACCAAAGUCUGUACAAGGUUCUGUCAAAGGUUUUGCCAAACAUCAACUCACUCAGUUUUGUGACACAGACAUCAGAUGCUUCAGAAGAAACCAAGUUGUUGGGGAAUCUGUUCUGUACAGCAGCAGAGGGAGAGAAGCUCCUGCAGCUCUUAUCAUCAGUGUGCACAUAUCAUGGAUACCCUCUCACUGAGAAAUGGAUGGAUUUCCAACUGGACCUGUACUCUUAUGAGCCUGAAGUAGCCCUAAAAGUCCUUCCAGCGUUACAGUCAGUUCUCCAGUCAGUUCCUACAGUCUGGUCCAUAAACCUGUCAGAGAGAAAAGCCUCCAUCCUCCUGGAAGUGCUGAAACUUCAGUCAGAGAAAAAAACGGUGAACGUGACAGGAUGGUCACAUGAAGAGAGUGAAGUGAGGAGUUUCCUACAGUGUCUGCCUUAUAUCUCACAGCUCAGGUAUGUGGCAUCAAAUACCUCACAGGAGACCAAGUUUUGUGGAAAUCUGUUCUUUGCAGCAACAGAGAGUGAACAGCAGACAGGAGAGAAGAUCCUGCAGCUCUUAUCAGUGUGCAUGUAUCAGGGAUACCCUCUCACUGAGAAAUGGGUCGAUUUCCAACUGGACCUGUACUCUUAUGAGCCUGAAGUAGCCCUAAAAGUCCUUCCAGCAUUACAGUCAGUUCUCCAGUCAGUUCCUACAGUCUGGAUCAUAGACCUGUCAGAGAGAAAAGCCUCCAUCCUCCUGGAAGUGCUGAAACUCCAGUCAGAGAAAAAACAGGUGGAGGUGACAGGAUGGUCACAUGAAGAGAGUGAAGUGAGGAGUUUCCUACAGUGUCUGCCCUUUAUCUCACAGCUCAGAUCUUACGUCAGUGAUGAUGUCAAGUUCUUUGGGAAUCUGUUCUGUGCAGCAGCAGAGAGAGACCAGCAGACAGGAGAGAAGAACCUCCAGAUCUUAUCAUCAUUGUGCACCUAUCCCACAUUUCCUUUUAAUGAAGAUGAUGAAGACUUGUAUCCAUGUCAGAGUGAUUUCCUCCUGGAUCUGUACUGCCAUGUGAAGGACUAUGACAGUACAACAGGCAUGAGUGUCCUUCCAGCGUUACAGUCAGUUCUCCAGUCAGUUCCUACAGUCUGGAUCAUAGACCUGUCAGAGAGAAAAGCCUCCAUCCUCCUGGAAGUGUUGAAACUCCAGUCAGAGAAAAAACAGGUGAAGGUGACAGGAUGGUCACAUGAAGAGAGUGAAGUGAGGAGUUUCCUACCGUGUCUGCCUUAUAUCUCACAGCUCAGGUCUAACUUCUAUGAUGACGUCAAGUUCUUUGGGAAUUUGUUCUGUGCAGCAGCAGAGAGAGACCAGCAGACAGGAGAGAAGAACCUCCAGAUCUUUUCAUCAUUGUGCACCUAUCCCACAUUUCCUUUUAAUGAAGAUGAUGUAGACUUGUAUCCAUGUCAGAGUGAUUUCCUCCUGGAUCUGUACUGCCAUGUGAAGGACUAUGACAGUACAACAGGCAUGAGUGUCCUUCCAGCGUUACAGUCAGUUCUCCAGUCAGUUCCUACAGUCUGGAUCAUAGACCUGUCAAAGAGAAAAGCCUCCAUCCUCCUGGAAGUGCUGAAACUCCAGUCAGAGAAAAAACAGGUGAAGGUGACAGGAUGGUCACAUGAAGAGAGUGAAGUGAGGAGUUUCCUACAGUGUCUGCCUUAUAUCUCACAGCUCAGGUCUAACUUCUAUGAUGACGUCAAGUUCUGUGGGAAUUUGUUCUGUGCAGCAGCAGAGAGAGACCAGCAGACAGGAGAGAAGAACCUCCAGAUCUUAUCAUCAUUGUGCACCUAUCCCACAUUUCCUUUUGAUGAAGAUGAUGAAGACUUGUAUCCAUAUCAGUGUGAUUUCCUCUUGGAUCUGUGCUGCCAUGUGAAGGACUAUGACAGUACAACAGGCAUGAGUGUCCUUCCAGCGUUACAGUCAGUUCUCCAGUCAGUUCCUACAGUCUGGAUCAUAGACCUGUCAAAGAGAAAAGCCUCCAUCCUCCUGGAAGUGCUGAAACUUCAGUCAGAGAAAAAACAGGUGAAGGUGACAGGAUGGUCACAUGAAGAGAGUGAAGUGAGGAGUUUCCUACAGUGUCUGCCUUAUAUCUCACAGCUCAGGUCUAACUUCUAUGAUGACGUCAAGUUCUUUGGGAAUCUGUUCUGUGCAGCAGCAGAGAGAGACCAGCAGACAGGAGAGAAGAACCUCCAGAUCUUUUCAUCAUUGUGCACCUAUCCCACAUUUCCUUUUAAUGAAGAUGAUGUAGACUUGUAUCCAUGUCAGAGUGAUUUCCUCCUGGAUCUGUACUGCCAUGUGAAGGACUAUGACAGUACAACAGGCAUGAGUGUCCUUCCAGCGUUACAGUCAGUUCUCCAGUCAGUUCCUACAGUCUGGAUCAUAGACCUGUCAAAGAGAAAAGCCUCCAUCCUCCUGGAAGUGCUGAAACUCCAGUCAGAGAAAAAACAGGUGGAGGUGACAGGAUGGUCACAUGAAGAGAGUGAAGUGAGGAGUUUCCUACAGUGUCUGCCUUAUAUCUCACAGCUCAGGUCUAACUUCUAUAAUGACAUCAAGUUCUGUGGGAAUUUGUUCUGUGCAGCAGCAGAGAGAGACCAGCAGACAGGAGAGAAGAACCUCCAGAUCUUAUCAUCAUUGUGCACCUAUCCAACAUUUCCUUUUGAUGAAGAUGAUGAAGACUUGUAUCCAUAUCAGUGUGAUUUCCUCUUGGAUCUGUGCUGCCAUGUGAAGGACUAUGACAGUACAACAGGCAUGAGUGUCCUUCCAGCGUUACAGUCAGUUCUCCAGUCAGUUCCUACAGUCUGGACCAUAGACCUGUCAAAGAGAAAAGCCUCCAUCCUCCUGGAAGUGUUAAAACUCCAGUCAGAGAAAAAACAGGUGGAGGUGACAGGAUGGUCACAUGAAGAGAGUGAAGUGAGGAGUUUCCUACCGUGUCUGCCUUAUAUCUCACAGCUCAGCUGUUAUCCAGCCUUCUUCCAGGAAGUGUGUUCGUCCAUCUCCAUAAGAUCCAGAGAGGAGACCCAGCAGCUGGCCUCUCUGCUGAAACUCCAGGGCUUCAGCCUGUUGUUGGAAGGAGAAUUAAACCAGAAAACCUGCUGCACUGUGGGUCGAGUUCUCAGGUUUUGUGGACAUAAAGUGGACCUCAUCCUCACACCCACAAAGAUUUCUACCAGAGGAGCCUCUGUUCUCUUUAAACACACCUCACAGCUCCACAGUCUGAGGCUGUCUGAUUCUCUGGCCUCACUGCUGUUUCGAUGGAUGAAAAGAAAGAGAGUGGUCUGUACUUUUGCUGUUCCAGAGCUUCAUCUUGUGUCAAAGACAAACAAACGAUCAGAGCCAGCGUUGCUGAAGGUUGUCAGUCGUGUGUCAUGUUUGCUCAGAUACUGGACGGUCAGAUGUUUGGACCUGACUGAGUUCUGUGUCCCUGCUCUGUCUCUCAUUACACUUCUGCUUCAUGAUGCUUCUCUGAAAAUCAAACUGAAUAAAGAUAACUACCAGCAGCUGGUUACUCUGCUCUAUGAAAUCCAGGACAAGGAUCUGAGCUGCUCCUUUGUGAGUAAGUGUGGUGGAGACCUGAGCGCCUGCUGUCUGAACUGGGAGCUUCUUCAUUAUCUCCUGCAGCAGUCACGUCACACCUUCACCAUGAACGUGAGGAAGAACACUUUCUUACAGGAGAACAUCACACAUCUGCUCCCAUUUCUGGACAGCAUUCAAUUUCUGAGACCCAGUCCCAGCUUUGUGUUGGCUGCCAUCAGAGAGAUUGAUAAAGCUCAAGUCCGUCACAUUAUACCAGGUUUCCUGAAGUCAUUAGAUCACAUGCUCACCCUGACCUGCAGGAAGCUGGACUCAGCAGACUUUGCUGCUUUGCUCUUCACUCUUAAACACAGUGACAAAGUGAAAGUCAACCUGCUGUGGACUUCCAUACCAACAGAAGGAACAGAGUCCCUCCUCUUCACACUGGACAGGGUUUCUCAGCUCAGUGUUGACAGGUAUCUGCUGCUGAGGCUGGUCCACUGCUGUGCUGCCUCUAAUGUCCACCAGAGGGCAGCAUCAGGCCUGCUCCAGUCUCUACAGCACCGCUUGGAUCUGUCCUCGUCCUCUUGUGUGGCUCUGUCAGACCGGGAUGAGAGAGAAGUCCUGAGUCUGACCGCCGAUGACUGCAGGGCCAUCUCCAUCAUCCUAAGACACAUCAGUGAGGACACACAGCUUGACCUGCGAGACUGUGAGGUAGAGGACAGUGGACUGGACCUGCUGCUUCCUGUCCCUGACAGAGUCCACCUCAGAGCUAGUAAAGCUGUCGUCCUCAGCCUCCUGUCUCUGGUUCCAGUGAACAGUGAGAGGGACACAGUGAGACGGACAGAGUCCCUGUGGAAAGCCCUGCGUGGAGAGCUAGACCUGAGCCACACCAUGCUGGACCAGAGGACCUGUGGAGCUUUGGCCCUGAUGCUGGACUUGUCUGAAGGGCUGACUGAGCUGGACCUCAGUCACUGUCAGCUCACUGACCAGCUGCUGCUCAUGCUCAGCGCACAUCUGCACAAAGUCCAGGUCCUGGAUCUGAGUCACAAUCAGAUCACUGAUGCUUCCACUGACGUGUUUCUCCAGCUCUGCUCCGUCAACACUUCUACUCAAACUGUGCGACUCUUCAGUAACAACAUUGUGGACAGAACUCCAUUUAAUGAAGACAAGCGGUUUGAAAUGUGGUGAAGCAGCAGUGAUGGGUUGAUCCCAGACAAUUUAUUUAUAAUGAGCACAUGACCAUCAUUGUUUUUUACAUGAUUAAAAAAAAUCAUCUGGACAUGAUUCAUCUGUGCAGAUAUCUCCUUUACGAUGCUCAUAUU